AUGGACCAGCUCUCGUUGGUGGCAGAACAUUGUGCAGCUUUUGGCCACGCCUUCGCCUUCCAAGACGCCGAAGUCUUGGGCCAAGGGAGCGAUCAAACGGUCAGGGAGACGCUCGAAGCCUGGCACACCACAACUACCUCAAUCAACCGCUGCGUAACUUUACCGGCUGCCUACCAAGCCCUACGGGUGAAGUUCAAUAGGCAGGGCUACCGACGAGACGUCAGGCCGGAGACGACAGUAACCAAACCCAGACCAAGCGGGAACACGGACGGACAUAGACAGACGUCGGGAACAAACGAAACCAGGGGACAACCGGCGGCGAACGCGGGCAGACGAGAGCAGUCGGUGAGAACGCCCAACAGUGCCAGGCCCCCCCCCAGCCCGACGUCAACACUGGCAUGACAACCACCGUCAACACAGUUACGGGCAGGUUUGAACGGGACGGCGAGACGAGAACCCGCGACAGUGACAGGAAUCCCCAGCCCGACGCCAACACUGGCAUGACAACCACCGUCAACACGGUUACGGGCAGGUGUGAACGGGACAGCGAGACGAGAACUCGCGACAGUGACAGGAACCCCCAGCCCGACGUCAACACUGGCGUGACAACCACCGUCCACGCGGUUACGGGCAGGCGCGAACGGGGUAGGAAGGCGAGAUACGUGGAGGGCGGACAACGGACAAUGCAAACAAGAGCAAUGGCCGCGGUCACCCCGACGCCACCCCCCUCCCCACACCCGACAAAGGAGGAGGAGAAACCGAUGCCGCCAUGA